ACAGUAGCUUAUGACGUACUUUUUUAAACAGACGUUGAGUAUCGUGAAUUCGUCAUUCACCGAUCACUGUUAAAGACAGUUUAAUGAAUUGAAAUAUUAUGCCAAGAGGUGUUAUGAUACGUGCCAUGCAUCAGUUUAAUGAGUUCAAUGACACUUAUAUCGAUAACAAAUACGAUAUAUCUGACGAGCAAUAUUUUUAUGGCUCUAAUAAACGCAAAAGGAAGACUGCUGCACCUCAGAAACGGGAAUCAGCAGAAGAAGAAUCAAGAGAAGAUGUCAAAAUGAUAUUUAAAAAUUCGCCAUUUGGCCCUAUAAAUUUGGUUACAAAAGAAAAUAAUGUUAUUCCUUCCUCUUUAAAUGGUACAGAACGCUCAAGUGAAAUAUUUGGUGAUGGCAAUAUAACCACAUCUCCGGAACACGUUAGACUUUAUGCUGCAAUGUUAAAUUAUUUUCUUUUGAAGUAUAAAGCGUCGAAUGAUUUUAAAAGUGGAUCGUUUCCUACGUGUCCAUCAUUAGCGGAAGUCAAUCACGGGUUGGAUAAAACAUCAGGCAGUUCUCUUUCCAACAAUCUGUCAAACUUAUUUUAUUCCACACAUGUGAAUAGUUCUACAAAUCCUGUAACAGUUACUUCGAACAAGCAAAGCCCUUCCAAUGGAUCAUAUAAUGAUGAGCUCUACUACUCAAAUUCUAAAGAAAUUGAUAAACUUUACAAGCACAUUUCUACAAAAUACGAAGCGUACUUAGAUUGGCGGCAGAAUGUUAUAAAUUCUAUCAGUACUUGCAUAACUAAUAUACCUGUUCCAAAAUCUAAUUGUCCAAAUUAUGAAGCCAUGUCUGUUUGUUAUAAAUCGUUAAUAGACAGAGCUUACGCUUUACAACAAUCUGUGGAAUUAUAUUUUGGAAUGAUCCAAAAUUCUCUCUCUUAUAACUCACUUCCACACCAACAUUUAGAUGGUGUCAGUGUAAAUUCUCCAGUUCACAAUCCCACUUGGAGUGGACAGACGAAUAAUAUCACUAACUUUCCCGUUCAACCACCGUACACCUCAAGCUCAUAUUCUUCAGUAAAUUUGUCGGCUGUUCUUACUGAUAUUUUUCAGUCUAAUAACACCGUUGUCGGUAAUCAAGAGUUGAUUAAUGAGUACAAGAGAGUUUCCGGUGUGGGAUUUGAACAGUCUAAUCAGCUUCCUGGUACUUAUGUAUCCGAAAGUCAAGCUCAAAGCAGUUUACAGUUACCAGUGGACUUGACAAACUCAGAAAAAAAUAAAACCUCUGAUCCCUUUGUUUUAACUUUGCAAUCACAUGUUGAAGCAAAAACACACAACUCAGAUAAGUCAACUAAAGAAAACCACGACUAUGCCGCAAACGAAGAACCCGAUAGGUGUGAUCUAGCACAAAAAUCUGAACAUAGUCGAAUUCCAACUCUGAAGGGAGAUGGGGAAUAUGCAUUCUCAAAUACUACUGAACACAACAUAGUUUCUAGCGUUGAAGUUCGAAAUGGUUUUGUUUCUCAAAAUCUAAAGCACGCUGCCAGCAAUAUGCUAUGUAGCUCAAUUAUUAAUUGCUCUCCAAGAUCUAAUAUAAAUAUAAGAAAAAAAGUUUAUUUUAAGUCAAAGCGUGUAAAAAAAUCAUUUACAUCAAAUUCGGUGCAGAACAACAACAACAUCUGUCCGGAAAACUCCUCUCCUAAGAAAUCCAAUUUCAGAGGGACUAGCGAGGAGGAAAAUAAAGUAGCUCCCAAUUUCAAACCAAUUGAAGUGAAUAGUCAAAUAUUACUAUCAGAAGCUCAUCCAAAUGUGAAAUUAUCCAAAGAUAUAUUUUAUAGUUUAAUUGUAAAAUCAUCUGGAAGUGCUACACGAUUAAUCAGAUUACUGAUGAAAAGUUUUUUUACACAAGAUGAAUUGGCUGCUUCAUCAUUAUCUGGCGAAGGUAUUUAUAAACAGCGCCUUGAACCAAGUGUUACGGAAGCAAUUAAAAUAUUUAUACGUCAAAGACAUCCACAAUUAAAAACUGGAUCAAUUAAUUUAUGUAUGACAGACGUAUGUGUUCAAGCUAGAAGAGUUGCUAAUAAUCAAAGAAGUCGACAACAUCCUUUAAGAAAUUCACCAAUUAUGCAAGAAUCUUUAAAAUCACAUAGAAAUUGUACAAAUGACCAAGAAGAAUGUGAUAAUCUAUUAGGACUUAAAAGUCGAACAAAUAAUUCAAUUCGUUUAAGUUCAACUGGGAAAAUGCAAAAACAUAAUCAUGAUAUUGCAACAACAACAACAGCUACUACUACACCUACAACAAAUUCUAUAACAAAUGAAUGUGAUUCUAAUUAUUGUAUAGAAAUUUCAAAAUCUGAAAUUAAUGAUACACAUUUUUCAGAAUCAGAAAAUGAUGAACCUAUUUUACAAAUAGUUGAUGAACGAAAUGAAAUCGCUUCAGAUAAUGUUGGUACACCAGCAUCAUGUUCAGUUAAUUCUUUUAUGUCAGAUCAAAAAUAAAAAUCGAAUAUCAAGUUUAAAAAAAAAGAAAAUAAUGAUAAAAAACCAAGAACCAAAAUUAACUGAUAAACUAUUUAUAAUCUAUUGCAGGCUGUGCAUGUUUCUCACCAUCUAUAUACUUCAUUGAAUCCUCUUCCUAAUUUUGUUAAUUUAAUGCAUACAUAAUUGUGAAUAUACAAUGUGUUUUCUUUUUCUUUUGUUUGUUACCGUUUUUAUCAAAAAUAAUAAUUGAUAGUAAUAGAAAUAAAACUGAAGUCAAAUUUAUAUUUGAUUCAACUUAAGUAAUCAUGUCAAAUUGUCUUUUUCUUUCUCUCUCUCGCUCUCUAUGUUUAACCAAAACUAAUAAAAAUUUGUGUGUGAUAUAAGUCAUUAGGUUCUAUUAGCUUAGUUUACAGUAUAUUUAUAUUGAAUUUCUUUGACAUUAUUGCAGCAUGACAUGUUUAGUUCUAUAUCUUUGUCUUUCUUAUAUUUUUCGGAUAAUCUUCAAUUAAUCUUAUUGGCUUUUAUUAUCGUUUUAUUUUUUCUUGAUUUUAGCACUACUACUAUUACUACUGCUAUUAUUGUCUUUGUAUUUCAGUCAAUUUAUUUAUUGAGCGUUAUUUUGUUUUUUUUUUUAAAGUAAGGCAGCUUCGGUUAGGAAGUAUAUUUUAUGCUGUGUUUUUUUGAAAAAAACAACAACUUUCUGUUGAUACUCUUACUUGCCACCUCUUUAAUUUGUUCUUCUCUUUAAUCAAAUGUAAAAGGUUGCCUUUUAUUUUUCAAUCCCUUUUAAUAAGAAAUCUUUUCUCUAUCUUGAAUAAAACUGAAGUCAUACAGAAAAGUAUAAUAAGAAACCGUUUUAAAGAAUAGUAUAUAACUAUCUAUAUUACUUAGUUUGAAUUGAUUCUGUUGAACUAAACACUUUUUUUAAAGAAAAAUAUAUCAGUGAGUAUACUUUGAAAGUAUUGAGAACGUUUAAAAGAGAAAUCGCACAUUAACUAUGAUUGAUAGUGCUUCCGGAAUGUUAACUUAUUUCAAUAUCCUAACAAAGUUUUAUUGAUGUAUUUGACUUAUUAAAACUUUCAAUAACACCUUUAGUUUAUUCUAUAUGGCUUAUUUCUAAAAUAAAUAAUAUUAUUACUUAUAAUAAUAGGCCAUAUAUGUAACAUUAAUGGAAAGAUUAUUGGGUUAUGUAAUGAACUUAUAUUAAUAUAAGACUAUUUCAUAAUAAUUUAUUCUCUAACUGUGACAUCUAAAAAUUCUUAGUAUUCUAUCUUGUUUUUACUUUUAAAAUGCAUUACCAUUCCAAAUGUAGUUGAUUGUUUGUCUGUUUUCUUUUUCUUUCUUUCAAUAAACGAAGCUAUUCCAUCUCAAUGUAAUUUUGUGAAUAUAUAAGUAUACAUGCAUUAGUUUCAUUUGACUGUGUUCAUUGUCUUUAUGAAUAAUUUAAUUAUGCUAACUGUGAUGAAUAAUUGUUGCUGUAUUUUAUUUUAGUUUCAAUUUCAAUCUUUUACAUUUUUAUUUUAUUAUCAAUCAAAUUUAUGAAUGAUUAAAUAAGAAAGCAUUAAGUAUUAUAAAUGAUUUAUUCAUUGAAUCAAUUAUCGUUAUUCUUAUUUACUUUCUUUUUGGUAAAAAGAAAAUGAAAAGAAAAACCAAAGAAAAAUACAAUGUAAUAUUCCAAUAAACACUUUUUUUUCUAUUUCUAUGAAUAUUGUGAUAUAUGCAUAUAUAUGUGACAUUUUCUCACCUUGUAAUGUACAUCUUUUUUUCUUUAAUGUACCUUUCUUCCCUUUUUGUUUUAAAAUUAUUUAUUAAAUAUUAUCAUUGAAAGGGAAAGUACAAAAUUGUCGAUCAGAAUAAUACAUCAAUAUUCUUUAUAUUAACUAAAAGUAAAAUGGUUUAAAUUUGAUCACACAAAAAAAUUUACAGUACUGCAUCACUCUGGAUUUUGUUGUCAAGAAUAAAUGGAAAACAAAAUCCCACAGAAAUUAAGCAAUAAUAAUAACAAUAGUAAUAAUAAUAGUAAUAAACAUUAUCAUAAUUACUAUUUUCAUUAUCAGCAGCAUAAACAUCACAAUAUAGAAUUCAAUAUUGAAUAUUAAUAAAUUAUAAUUAUUAAUAAUGAAUAGUACAAUUAUUCUGGAGAUUUACCAUUUACUAUCAAUUUUAACCUGUAACAAAUAAAUAAAUAUGACCAAUCAAUCACAAUUAUCCUUCAUCUCUCACUCUCUCACUCUCUCCCUCUCUCCCUCCCCUUCUAUUCGACACAAUCAUUUUUCAUUACUAACGCAGAAUUUUAAUAAGAAAUAAUAAAGGAAAAAAAAAGAAAAUUAAGGAGAUAAUUAGUUUUUAGUUGUGAUAUAUAUAUAUAUAUAUAUAUGCAUAUUUGUAUAGGAUUA